UUGAUUCUUCCAUGUUGGUGUGCAUCCGUGGCGUCUACCUUGGCAUUUUGUUCCUAUCUCCCGUCCGCAGGCAGGUCCUGCACGAAUGUCCUUCAAACUGGCUAUGCAUAGCAUUGUGUUGUUUUCCUGUCUAGACAGAUUCACUUUCAGCGAUACAUUUCGGUCCUACUUACCAAGCGUUUCUCAUGGUCCCGGCGCAAUGAUGUAUAAUGACAAAUCCAACCAAUCAGAGACCGUUUCCCUCCAUGCCGCACACCUCAACCAUAGCCGAUCACAAUCUCGAGUAAACCAAGCCAGCUCCUAGAGCUCAACACUCAGCCUAGAACCUCCCGCAUAACCAG